AUGACGCCCAACCUUAAUAAUUCCCAGACAUAUGGCUAUGGACCCAGGGUGAAAGUAGCUGCCACCGCGAAUUCCCAUGUCAACAGAGUUAAGAACCGAGCUGAGGAAGCCUCCAAUUCAUGGGGGCCAAGCUCUCCACAGAGCCCUCUGAUGGGAGGUAUUGUUGAUAGAUCCCAGUGUGCAACUAUUCACGAUGCCUUAACAGGAUCCGCGGACGAACUUCACGGGGACAUAAAUACCAAUAUGGCAGCCCCUUCCUCUUCUCCAGUCCACUUCGACGAGGCAAUAUGGCCAGCCAACGACGUCCAAAUCGCAGAAAACAGAGGAAUGCUUAACAAGGACCACUGUGUCAUAAUACAGGGCCUCGCAGAGUCCUCCGCCAGUUCCCCUAGGGAACGAAUCGCUGCUGACUUAGAGCAAUUCCAGAAACUCCUCAAUGAAAUGCUGCAACCAACGGAAGAUGUCACAGUCCUUAAGGCGUUUCGUCUUGGUAGCCGUACAAAUGCCACUCCGAAGACGCGACCACGACCCCUAAAAGUCGUCCUUGGUAGCAAUGAGCAGGCGAAACUAAUACUUUCCAGGCGUUUUCGAUUGAAGCAUUCCCAUAAAGGAGUGUUUUUUUCAGCCGCACUACUCACCUGCCGAGAGAAUGAAACGCCGCGAACUUGUCCUAGAAUUGAGAACACGGCAAACCAACGGAGAAAAAAAACUUGACAAUCUACAAAGACCGGAUUGUCAAACGACAUUCCGCCCCCCUCUGGAUCAAGCCGAUCCGAAUGACUGCACAGCUACCCCAGUAGCCCGUGUCGGGUUUGAAAACAAAUCUCGCAUGAACUCGAAACUCAUAUUCAUGUAUACCAACGCGCAAAGUGUACUUUCUAAACUGGACGAACUCCGUAUCCAUACCUACGACCUCCAUCCAGAUGUUAUCUCAAUAACAGAAACAUGGUUGUCCGAACAGGUUGAUGAUAGAGAGCUCAUGCUCCCUGGAUUUCAACUGUUCCGCCGAGACAGAGAAAACAGAAGGGGUGGAGGCAUGGUUACAUUUUUUAAGAACGGCUUGCACGUUUUAGAAAAAACUGCCCAACUGACUUGUAGUACCGAAGCAUUAUGGCUGACCAUAAGGGCACCGGGCUCUCAAAGUCUCGAUAUCUUGACAGUAUAUCGCCCCCCGAGAAAUGACUCUGACGCUGAUGCCCAACUGCUGGAGGAGCUCAGAUUAUUUUCAACGCGUCCGACCACUCUCAUCGUUGGAGAUUUUAAUGCACCUCACAUCGACUGGAGCUCGGCCUCAGCCGACUGCUUUGAAGCAGCAAUUGACCAGCAGCUACUGCGUACCUCCGACAACCUGCUUCUCACACAGAACGUAAUGUUUCAACUAGAGUUCGAGAGGGCCAACAGAUGAACUGCCUCGAUCUUGUGUUCACCAAGUCGUCUGACAACAUCGACGUUGUGAAUUGCCUCCCCCCGUUGGGUCAGAGUGACCAUGUAGUUCUCAUGUGGGAAUACACAUUAUUCUACCUUCCUGCACAACCGCUCGAUUCCCGACCUAAUAUUUGGCUCGGCGAUUUCGAACAGAUGAAAAAAGAUCUUAGUCCUAUCGACUGGGCAUCCACUCUCUCCGGCGAUGUCGAGAAGGCUUGGUGUCAGUUCAAAGAGUUAGUCCACAACCUCAUCUCCAACCACUGGCCAAUCAUGCGCAAAAGUCUAACAAAUAGACCUCGCUGGUUGACUCCGUCCUUAAAGAAGGAAGUUACCAAGAAGAGGAAGCUAUGGAAAAGAUCUCUGACAGACCGCACGCGAGAAUCCCUAAGCAGUUAUAAGUUACAGAGAAAUCGGGUCAAAAUUCUCAUCGCCAGAGAUAGGAAAGCUUUUGAAAAGAAUCUUUUGAACCGUGCCAUGAUAAAUCAAAAAAUCCUUUACAGCUACAUAAGACAGAGCACACGGAACAAAGAUCCUGUCCCACUGCUGCGAACGGCUGAGGGUGUGGAAAUCUCCGAUGACAAGGAUAAGGCUGAACAUCUCUCUUAGUUCUUCCGGUCAGUCGUGACAAGUGAACCUGCUUUUUCCUUACCCGCUUAUGAAAACGAUAAAACGCCUACCCUCGAAGCGGUCUUCUUCACCGAAACAAUUGUUCGGAAUGAGUUACUAAACCUAAAAGAAUCGACCUCCCCAGGCCCUGAUGCAAUCCUGGCCAAGCUGCUGAAGGAACUAGCUUCCGAAAUGUCCAAGCCGUUAGCCCUGAUCUUUCAAACGUCAUUUGUUACUGGAUGCCUGCCCUCUGACUGGAAGUCCGCUACCAUCACUCCACUUUUUAAGGGUGGAAGUCGUGCGUCUGCGAAUAACUACAGGCCAGUGAGUCUUACCUCCAUCUGUUGCAAAAUCAUGGAGAAGAUCAUUAAGAAGGCCUUGGUGCAGUUCCUCGAGCAGCACCAUCUUCUUUCUGAUGCCCAACACGGCUUUCGAAGUGGUAGGUCCUGCCUCACGAAUCUGCUCUUGACGCUCGAACGCCGGACCAAAGCACGUGAUGAAGGCAAGGUGGUGCACGCCAUCUACAUCGACUUCAAAAAGGCUUUCGACAGCGUUCCUCAUCAACGUCUCUUGUACAAACUGCGCAACGCUGGAAUUCGUGGACGCCUUCUUGUAUGGAUCCAGAGCUUUUUGGCUGGACGGUCCCAGAGAGUGCAGGUCGGGCGUCAACAGUUCUCAGAUGUAAGCGUGGUGAGUGGCGUCCCACAGGGCUCAGUCUUAGGUCCCACGUUAUUUCUCGUUUUCAUAAAUGACUGCGUCAAGGACCUAGACUGUAAUGUCAUCCUGUUUGCCGACGACGUAAAAUUGUGGAGAGUUAUUCACGAUGCGGCAGACGCAGACCACCUGCAAGCAAACUUGAACAGGCUCGAAGACUGGUCGAAGUGCUGGCUUAUGCCCUUCAAUAUAAGCAAGUGUAACUUUCUUCAACUCGGCGGCUUUAGAGCCCCCAGCCCCAGGACCAACUUUCUAUACGGCACACCACUGCAACAGGUUGACAGUCAGAAGGACUUGGGUUUAUGGAUUACAUCGUCACUCAAACCAACACUGCACUGCGCGAAGGCGGCUAAAUCGGCUACGGCCACAUUGCAACUCAUUAGGCGAGCAUUUAUGGGAUUUGACCCUGACUGCUUUUCCAAAAUAUUUGGCACCUUCGUGCGACCUCAUCUAGAAUACGCCAUACAGGCGUGGAGACCCUGGACUGCCAAGGAUUAUACCGUCUUGGAGAAGGUCCAGAGACGGGCGACCAAAAUGACACAAGGUUUGGGAGCCCUGCCCUAG